GUUUGACAUCUACAGGAAGGUGCCAAAAGACCUUACACAGCCAACUUACACAGGGGCUAUUAUCUCUGUCUGCUGCUGUCUCUUCAUACUGUUUCUAUUCCUGUCUGAGCUCACCGGAUUCAUAGCCACUGAAAUAGUUAAUGAGCUCUAUGUGGAUGACCCAGACAAAGACAGUGGAGGUAAAAUAGAAGUGAAUCUGAACAUCAGUUUGCCAAACCUGCAUUGUGAAUUAGUUGGACUAGACAUCCAAGAUGAAAUGGGAAGGCACGAAGUGGGUCAUAUUGACAACUCGAUGAAGAUACCUCUAAAUAAUGGGGAUGGCUGCAGGUUUGAGGGCCAUUUCAGCAUCAACAAGGUCCCCGGUAACUUUCACGUGUCAACGCACAGUGCCACUGCGCAGCCUCAGAAUCCUGACAUGACUCACAUCAUCCAUAAGCUCUCAUUUGGGGACAAGUUACAGGUCCAUAACGUUCAUGGAGCAUUCAAUGCCUUGGAGGGAGCCGACAAACUCAGCUCAAAUCCUCUUGCAUCUCACGAUUACAUACUGAAGAUAGUCCCGACGGUGUACGAAGACAUGAGUGGCAAGCAGCGAUACUCAUACCAGUAUACUGUAGCAAAUAAGGAGUACGUAGCCUACAGUCACACUGGCCGCAUUAUCCCAGCUAUCUGGUUUCGUUAUGAUUUGAGCCCCAUCACAGUGAAAUACACAGAGAGGCGACAGCCUUUGUACAGGUUUAUCACAUCGAUAUGUGCCAUCAUUGGAGGAACAUUUACUGUAGCUGGGAUCCUCGACUCCUGCAUUUUCACCGCAUCAGAGGCCUGGAAGAAGAUCCAGCUGGGGAAAAUGCAGUAACGGUGAAACUCUAACCUAGUCUCCAAGGAGAAAAGAUUGAGAAAUCUACCACUACCUGUUUUUGUCUUUAUUCUCUAUUUGAUUGAAUCAGUAAGUUUUUCUGUAAUCAGGCUGUUCGGUGAAGAUGUCUUCAAGAAAUCAAAGAAAUCUCCAUGCAUUUCAGAGCUCCGAUAGUGAAAAAAUCAAUGGAAUCGGGGUGUGGGUUUCGAUUCUCUCCCCCUAGAAAGAGAGGUUGAAAUGCCAUAUGUGAAAUACCCUGUCAGAUCUAAGUAAGGGUAGUAGUCUGUUCUCUGGGAGGUUCCUAUGGCAGUGUGCAAACUAGGUAGUAGAUUGCAAAGAGUUGAGCUGUCUUGUGGCACUUUUUGGAAUUCUGUUGGGUUUGCAUGAUUAGACAAUCGACUUUUGUAUAAGGCAAAAUUAUACAUUAGGAAGAAAUUCCACCCGUGGUGCCAAAAAGGUGAUGUAUCUGUUGGUGAGGAAUGGAAAGUGUUAGUUCCUGUAGCAAACUUUAGAGACAGAGGGCAGAAAUAACAUCAGUAAAUGUUUUGUGCUUUUAUUGAAAGCUCUUUUGUUCAGAUAUGACCUUUCUAAAGAAAUGAGCAAAUGAGAAGAGGAAGCCUUCCCCUAGUUAUCUUUUCCUGGGCAAUCAGUGAUCCAGGCAGUAGAGGGCCUUUCUUUUACUCUGGAUGUAAAAGUGGUUUCAUUUCUUCCCAGAAACUGAAUAUCCAGUCUUGUGUUUACAGGUGGCAUGAAGUAAAAACCAAACUGAGCAACACAGUUUUAUGUGGCCUUUGCUUUGAAAGGGAAUAGUUGUCUUUACGGCAUUAGUUUUUAUUCUUUCUUAUG